GGGUAAUUGAUCUUUUUCUAUUUUAAUCCUCGACCUAGCAAUGCUAUGAAGCAACAACUAUUCAGCUGCAAGAAGCAUCCUGAUAGAGAAAUUGAAUACUUUUGCAGAGGCUGCGGAGAGAUUGUGUGCUCUAAAUGUAUCUUUAUCACUCACAACGGGCACAACCUAUGCCAGAUGGAGGAUGCAACUGCCAUCCUUUCCAAAGGUCUUGAUAGAAUAGAUGAAAAGAAUAAGGCUGCUUCUCAUAUCAACUCUGUAAUGGCAAAAGAGGUUGAAUCUCUAUUAGUCCAAAUCAAUGCUAUGAAAGAUAAACAACUUUCUAAUAUUGAAGUUGGUUUCCAAACUCUUAUGAAGGCACUCCAGGACAAGAGAGUUGAUCUCACAGAAAAACUCACGAGGAAAUAUGAUAAUGAGAUUAAAGAAAUGAAGAGAAUAGAAGAGCCUUUACUUCUUCAGCAAAAGCAGCUUUACAUGAUUCAUCAAACUCAUCAUGAAUAUGUUGAGUUGAUAUAAAAACUACCCAUGAUGUACCUGUACUAGAGAGGUAUUAUGAGAUCAACAACUUUACUCAAGAGUCUAACAUGAAGGUAGACUCUAUUUCGAACGACCAGUCUUUAAAUAAAAAUAAAUUUUCUAUUAAUCCUGAUCUGCGGCCACUCAGCAUGAAUGUUGAUAAGGCCUUGGAAGCUAUUUCAAAAUUAGAGUUUGACAAACCCAAAGAAGACAGGAUUUUCUCUUCUAACCAAAUGCCAUCACAGGCUAGGAGCAACCACCAGGACUUUCCUAAUGCUGAAGAGAUAAGCAAAGGUCUUCCUCCUCUUGAUAGCUCUAAGCAUCGGAGAUCAUUAGCAAGUCUUGAUAAACUUCCAGGUGAAUAUCAGCAAAAUUUUACCAAAACUUCUUCAGUAGCCGCCCCGAUAGAUUCAGGCAGUCGGAGGAAUAUUCUUGAGAGGGAAGCGUCUCUAAAGAGACAAGCUGAUACACCUGCUUUUGACUCAGAUCCUCAGCCUAGUCUAGUAAGAAAUAGAAUUCAAGAGAUAAAGCAAAAUAGGGAUAUGGAUCCUUUCAAACAGCAACCGAUUCGAGUGAACUUGGGAAAGCCAAAAAGUGAAGACAUGCGAAAUAAAGAUAUUGCUCAUGAAAUUGCUAACCCAGUAGCAGUAGAAGAGCACAAGCAGGAUCUAAACGGGAUGUAUAAUUCGAACAUGGCUAUUGCAAAUACUAUGCAGAAGGAUGAACCUUCAGUUCAUCGAGCUCCUCACGAAUCUAGAAAUCUCCACUCAAAUGCUUUGCAAAGUACAGGAACUGUUCAUAAGCAGAAACAUUCUCCUGUGAAUAUCUACUGUAUAGGAGAAUGCCCCUUCCAGCUUGAGUACGAUAUCUCCAAUGAUAAUUGGAACAUCAGGAAAUAUUACAACGAUAGCGAAGAAGAGACAGCCAAAGAUCUCAAUGUUAAAGGGAAUCUAAAAUACCUCAGUAUUUGAAGUGUGGGCAAAACAGGAGACUAUUUACUCGCUGGAGGAUGAAAUGUCACCACAAAUAAAGCAAGCAACGAGUGAUUUGCUUUUAGACUUUCAAAUACUAGAAAUUUUACAAAAAGAGCCAGUAUGAAUUCGCCUAGAUAUGGCCACUGUUCCAUCUUCUGUAAUGGAUAUGUGUUUGCUAUUGGUGGCUUUGCCAUGGAUGAUAGCAUUGAUAUUGAGCCAAUUACACUUGCAUCAUGAGAAAAGUAUCAUUACAAAGAAGACAUAUGGAGUGAAGCUGCUUCUCUGAAUACUUCUAGAGCAUACGCAGGAGUAGUUUCCUUUAAAAAUCCUUCUAACCAUAAUGGAUCAACAAGCGAGUUAUGCAAUACUAACCAGUUUAUUUAUAUCUUUGGAGGAUUAAGUGAUUUCCAGGCUCUUGACUCUAUUGAGAAAUAUGAUUGACUAUUAGACUUUUGGGCAAACAUAAAGAUAAAAUUACCUCUCAGAUUAGCCAAAAUUGGGGUAUCCAGACUUUGAGAAAAGAGUAUUAUUAUCUGAGGAGGUAUUUACAGCAAUGAAGAUGGAGAAUUUAGCUAUAUUAACAACACUUAUAAGCUUGAUUUUACAAUGGAUAAAUGGCUUAAGCUGCCAAAUAUGAAUGAAUCUAGAGUUCUUUACUCAGUCAUGCCUCGUACAGAAGAUAGAAUUUAUGCGAUUGGAGGUUCCUUUGAAGGUAAAUGUGAGUACUUCGAUAUAAACACUCAAAAAUGGAUUGCCAUUAGUGGAUAUCAUGAGUACCUCUCUGAUAAUGACAUUCAGACUUUUGCAUUAAUAAAUUCUUAUAACUAA